AUGCAAUACGGCAAUAUAUCGGAUGUGAAACAGGCGAUCAACCUCUUGUACAAUUCCAAGGAUCAAAGUGUCCAACGGAAUGCAAAUGAAUGGUUGCAACAUUUCCAAAAGCAGAGCGAAGCGUGGGAAGUCGCUUCCGAGUUGCUCAAGGAUGAUAACAUGCUAGUUGUAUUUUUCGGAGCACACACCCUCUGCAACAAAAUCCGAUAUGACCUGAACGAGUUACCCGAUUCUACGAUUCAGCAGCUUUUCGUUAUGCUGUUUGAUGCAGUCAAGCAUUUCAAAAACGCGUCAACUUCGGUGCGUAACGAGAUUUGCCUAGUCAUUGCUACGUUGUUGAUUCGAUGGACCGGCGUUACAGACAUUGUCAAUGUAGCUGUUCAGAACAUCGGAACAAGCGAAACCGACACCAUGUUGCUGAAUGUGCUCAGUCUGCUCCCUAUCGAGCUGCAAAGUCGACGGAUUCCCAUUUUCGAGAAGCAGCGCGAGGAAAAGCUGGCCGACAUGCAGCAGAGUGCGUCGAAUGUCCUUCAGUACCUAAAUCACCUUCUCCAAACCUCUUCAGACAACGAAGAGCUCGUUGAAAACGUGUUUCGAUGCUUCGAAGCGUGGGUUCGCCUCGGGAGUUUCACAGCCGAAGAAUUGAGUUCCACCAUCCUGCUUCCCUCUCUCUUCAAAGCAAUCCACAUUCCUGAGCUUUUUGAAGUGUGUAGCGAUGCACUGAACGAAGUCCUGACCGUGUUUUCGGACCUCGCGCGAGACACUUCGGUUAUCGACAUUAUUCUUCCACAAAUCGCCGGAAUGAAACCCCUGGCGAUCGAAGCAGUGUCGAGUCAUGAUUUCAACAUGUGUCGUCGCAUCACGUUGAUCUAUUCGCAGCUAGGAAACGACUGUUUAUCGCUUCUGAUUGAUGAUAGCAAUGCGUACAAAGGCGAGUUGUUGGAUACGAUGUUCAUCUUGUAUUCCUUCCCUUCGAUCGAUAUUGCCGAUCUCUGUGUGCCUUUCUGGGAAGAAUUGCUCGUCGUGUUGCAGAGUCCCGAGCCUGGAACGCCCGUGUAUCAACUGGUGUAUCAGCUGAUGACCGCCUCCUUGCCGCAUUUGAAAUUCCCUUCGGACGCUGCGCAGAUGAACGAAGACGAUUUGUUUAACUUCCGAGAAAGACGUCGCGAGGAAAUUGUGAAGAACUGCUAUUUGCUGCUGGGAGAAAACGUGGCGAUUCGGUUUGUGCUGCAAUCCUUCGAUGAAGCGACCCAAGAAUUCAUGCAAAUGAACGAUGCCGAGAAGUGCAAUCAGUGGCAGCGUGUAGAGAGCCUGCUGUACUUGCUGCGAUGCAUCGGAACGCCCUUCGAUUUGACGAUGCAGGACGUACUGCAUGUGGUCGAUGUGGUGUUCGCGUUACCGUCCAUUUUGCCGCUUGAGCAAGCAUCACUGCGUUUACUGAGCACGUAUUGCCGCCUUCUUCGCAAUGAAUACGCGCUUCUGGAGCGGAUUCUGAACUUUUUCUUCCAGAAAGUGGAGAAUCCGGAGCUGCAGCGAGACUGCGUGGAUUUGUUUCUGUCGGUGUGCAAGGACUGCGCAUCGUCGAUCAUUCGAAACAUGGAAUUCACAGGUCGAAUUGGGAGAGGGAAUUGA